AUGCGCUUCUUAUUGUGUACCGAUUUAGUGGCAAUGAGUUCUGAGAUAGGUUAUGUUCUAUUUGAAAUUGAAACAGACCGAUUAACGGUGGGGUCCGGGAACAAUUGUUUCUAUUGAGUAUGGCUGAAAUCAGCCCGUUGUUAGAUUAAAAGCAAUUUUCCUUACAUAUCAGAGCCGAUCGUGUAGAAAUCAGUCGAUCAUUUAAUUUUAUUGAUCCUUCGAAUCGGACUUGGCAUGUACGACCAAAAGUAGAACCCGUGAACAUAACGUGUAAUUUGUGAAUUUUACAACACAGUAUCGGUAAUUUCUUUCCGAAAUCAAGAUUAAACUAAUCGACCCGUGACAAAAUGUCAGAAGAUAAACAACCUGACUUACGUUUGGGACCUCAUCCCGAUGUUACUUAUCCGAUCCAUGUUCAGUACUGUGGGAAUUGCUCUCUUCCGAUCGAGUACUGCGAGUAUUACCCAGAAUAUGAAAAAUGUAAACAGUGGCUUGAAAGAAAUCUCCCGUCAGAAUUUGAAAAGGUCAAAUUAGUAGAAGAUGGAAUGACAGAAACAGGAGGUGGGGAGGACGAGAAAAAGCGACAGAAGCGGGGUGGGAAAGGAAUGUUAAAAUCAAGAAAGAAAGAGGAUGUUCCAAAGCAAGUCACUGUGUCGAGAGCUCCUAGAGGAAAAAAGAAAUCGGUUACUGUAGUGUCUGGUUUAAGUACUUUUGAUAUUGACCUAAAGGCAGCAGCUAAAUUUUUUGGAAGUAGAUUUGCUUGUGGCUCAAGUGUAACAGGAGAGGAUGAAAUCGUUAUACAAGGGGAUGUUAAAGAUGACUUACUUGAUGUGAUUCCUGAAAAAUGGCCUGAGAUCGAUGAAGAUUCCAUAGAUGAUUUAGGAGAUCAAAAGAGAUAACAAACCAAAUUGAUCAAUGUGCGCACAACAUUAUUUAACGAUACACAAUAUACUUCCAUGUUAAUUACAUAAUGUAAAUUUACAUAAAAUAUCUCCAACAAUUAUCACGUGA